AUGGCGACGUCACCGAAUCGUUUAUUGUUCAUUGGUGUUUCGGUAAUCUUAUUACAAAUUGUAUCAGUUAUCAGCGCUGGCAAAAUAUUAGUCUUGGUUGAUAAUUUAAAUAUUAGAGAAACACAUUCAAUUUUCUUAAAGUCCCUAAAAGAAAGGGGACAUCAGUUGACUAUAAAAGCAGCAGAUGAUCAGACAUUAGCUCUCACAAAGUAUGACGAACAUCUCUACGACCAUCUUAUCAUUUUUGCCCCAGGAGUUGACGAAUUUGGUGGAACGAUUAGUGUCAAAGCUAUAACUUCUUUUAUUGAUAAUGGUGGCAAUGUAUUAGUGACAGCGGGAACACGCGUUGGUGAUGCUUUACAUGAUUUGGCUGCAGAGAAUGGUUUCGAAUUUGAUGAGGAUCGAACUGCUGUCAUUGACCAUUUGAAUUAUGACACCGUUCUUGAUGAAGGAGAUCACACGACGAUUGUAGCUGAUCCGUCAAGCCUUUUAUCUGCUCCAAUGAUUAUAGGAAAAACUCGGCAAGUUAAUCCUGUUCUAUUUCGUGGUGUAGCUUUAAUUGCUGACAAGACGAAUCAGCUUCGUCUGGAAAUACUUUCUGCUUCAACAACUGCUUAUUCAUUCAAUCCUCGUGAAAAAGUUGAAGAAUAUCCGGGUGCUGUGGGGCGUUCAACACUGUUGAUUGGUGCUAUUCAGGCGCGGAAUAAUGCGCGUGUUAUGUUGACUGGUUCGAUUGCCAUGUUUAGCGAUGCUUUUAUGAGUGCAAAUGUCAGCAAAUAUGGCUCGGCAACGAAACUUCAGAAAAGUGGAAAUUUCGAGUUACUAACUGAAUUGAGCAAGUGGGUAUUUAUGGAGAAAGGUGUGCUGAAAGUAAAGAGUGUUUCACAUCAUAAGGUCGGUGAAAAGAAUCCUCCACGAGAAUAUACAAUACUGGAUAAUGUCGAGUAUGAGAUCGAAAUUGAAGAGCUCAAUAACGGGAAAUGGGAAGCGUUCAGAGGGGAUGACGUUCAGCUAGAAUUCACUCGCAUUGAUCCAUUUGUUCGAACAACUCUCAAAAAUUAUAAUGGCAAAUUGAAAACACAGUUUAAAAUUCCUGAUGUUUACGGCGUGUUCAAAUUUAUGGUCGAUUAUCGUCGCAUCGGGUAUACACAUUUGUUGGAUGUGCAGCAGGUAUCUGUUCGACCACUGCAACAUACCCAGUAUGAACGUUUUAUUUAUAGCGCAUAUCCUUAUUACGUUUCGGCAUUUUCUAUGAUGAUAGGAGUUAUUCUGUUCUCGUGUGUUUUCCUCUAUCACAAAGAACCAUCAAAGGAUAUAAAGAAGGACUAA